AUGGAAGCAACCACUAGGAGACUGCCUCCAAUUCUUCAAAUUGAAGCAAAGGCCAAAAUAAGUGCGCUACUCUCAGAUUUGGAGAUGAAAGCUUAUCUUUCCAAUGAAAAUAAAAAUAAUAUUGAUUCGUCACUUCAAAGCACAUCUACCAACGAAUAUCAAGUAUGUAUUACGCCAACUGCUUCUCCCAGUAGCCCAGUUGAUUUUUCCAAUCAUGGACAUCGUGUUAGUUAUGAAAACGUGACUGGUUAUUCAACAGCCUCAUCGGUAACAGAAAAUCCUAGUAGUGGCCAUGAAGAUUUUUUUGAAGUUAACAGCGUAGAUAAGAAUUACUACAACCUCUAA